CCGCGGUUUCCGGGAAGAUGGCGGCGUGGAGAGCGGCACUGGCGGCGGGCGCCCGAGUGCCGCUGAGAGGGCGGCUUGCCGGGCUGCGGCCCCCUCGGGGCCAGCGGCGCCCGCCCAGCUGGAGGGUCGCCGCCGCCGCCCUGCUCGGGGGAGGCUCCCUGGUGGCGUGUUACAGUGGGCGGCCGGGCGCGUUCCCCGCGGUCCUGGCUCAGAAGGAAGAUGUCAUUUAUGCAGAACGGGAUGAAAGACUGUCUCUUCGGAAGCAUCGCUUCAUGCAUUUUGCAUCAUUGGAAUACGAAGGAGAAUUCUACAUGACACCGAGAGAUUUCUUGUUCUCAGUAAUGUUUGAUCAAGUUGAACGUAAAGCCUCAGCCAAGAAACUGACAAAAAAGGAGGUAGAUGCUGCACUGCUAUGUGUUGCCAAAACUAAACCAGGACCGACCUUUUUUAGGGAGCUUGGUGAUAAAGGGUUGAUAUCUUAUGCAGAGUACCUAUUUUUGCUGACAAUCCUUACAAAGCCCCAGACUGGAUUUCAGAUUGCCUUUAAAAUGUUGGAUACAGAUGGCAAUGAACAAGUUGAAAAGAAAGAAUUCUUUAAGCUACAGAGAAUCAUUGGGAAGGAAGAUGAUUUGAAAACAGCUGGAGAUGAAACAGUAUUUCGGGGAGCAGAACUGGAAAGCUGUGGUGUCAAUACCAUGUUGCUGGUGCAUUUCUUUGGAAAAGAAGGAAAGGAGAAACUUCGAUAUUCUGAGUUUUUCAGGUUCAUGGAAAAUCUGCAAACAGAAGUCCAAGAAAUGGAAUUCAUAAAGUUUUCAAAGGGUUUGAACGUCAUGAGAAAAGAAGAUUUUGCAGAAUGGUUACUUUACUUCACUGAUGAGGAAAACAAUGAAAUUUACUGGCAGAAUGUGAAAGAAAGAAUUGAGGCAGGAGAGAAUAUCAGUUUGGAAGAAUUCAAGACUUUCUGCAAGUUUACAAAUAACCUGGAAGACUUUUCUAUUGCCAUGCAGAUGUUUACUGUAGCCAAUCGUCCUGUUAAACGGGCUGAGUUCAAGAGAGCAGUGAAGGUGGCAACAGGACAGGAGCUCUCAGAUAAUGUUUUGGAUACCAUCUUCAAGAUUUUUGAUUUAGAUGGAGAUGACUGCCUCAGCCAUGGCGAGUUUCUUGGAGUCCUAAGGAACCGAAUUCAUCGAGGUUUGAGGGUACCACAACAGCAAGGCAUUCAAGGUUACUGGAAGUGUGUGAAAAGAGAAAGCAUUAAAGGAGCCAAAGAAGUGUGGAAGCAAACUGGGAAAAGUCCUUUUUAAAGCACUCCAAUGUUCUCUUGCUAUAAAUGUUGUUGUUUAGGGGAGUUUGUCCUGUUUACAUAAUAGCUGAAACAAAAUUACUCUCUUUUUUUUACUAUAGUUAAACUUUAAUUAACUGAGUUGCUAAAGCAAUAAUUUUAUAUCGUUCUAGUGCUUUCAGUUUGGUUUACAGAACUUUUAUCACUUUUGACCUUCAUAGGGAAGUACUCUUGUUUUGGGGAAUAAUGUUGUUUACUCCUCUGUGGAGUCUGACCCUGCACUGUAGUGUGCAGGAUACACAGGAUUUAAUAGUGGCCACUGGCAGCAAUGUCACAGAAUAUUACUAUCUCCUGUUGAAAGAGAGAACAUCAUCUCAGUUAGCCUCUAAUCCAGCAGUUUUCUUUCUCUGGCAAGGACAGAGGUCCUAAAGGCUAAAUCACUUGCACAAUCCAUGCAGAUCAAGUUAUCCUAAAUCAAAAAGGAAAAUUCACAUGGUUCAUGCCCUCGGUAUGUGAACUGCUCCUGUGCUAUUUUGUGGUGGAUGAUUCCAUCAGAUCCUGUGUGGAUGUCUAGUUUGUCUACCUUCAUGAUGAUGAUAUUAAACUGGAAAUACACAACCAUUGAUACAGGCUUUAGAAUUUGUACAUUGAUCUAUGAAUGUGCAUUGAGUCUCUCAGACCUCUUCAACAAAGUAUAAAUGAGAAGCAAAAAUCCUCAUUCUAUCGUAAAUAGUGGCAGCCACAAUUUGAUUCAUAUCUAUUUUGCUUUAAUUGUAUUGCAGAAGGUGAAUAGUUGCUUUAUAUUACUAAAGGUUGUGACAGGGAAUGCUGCAGUAUCUCAGGAAUUCAAGGUUCUAAUAAGCAAGUGUUGGGGGAAUAAGUCCAAUGGAAAAGUAGAUACAAGUGUUUAUUAAUCUGAAAUGCAACGUUAGACAUAAAAUCUUGAACAGUAAAACCAGGAACAGAUCAAAAAUAACGUUAAGCAAUUAUAGAUGAACAUUUUUUAGCUGUAACAUAGUGUGUGUCAAUGUAUAUGCAGGUGUGCAUGUUACGUGUUUUUUCCUUCUUACAGCCUUUGGGGCUGAUAGUCCCAGGUCCAGAUCAGUCUUCCUGGUUGGCCACUAUAUAUAGGACAUAAACUUACCUGUAAAGCUUUCAAGGUUCUUCCUCUUUCCACCUCUCAGCCGUCUGGCUUGUCUUGGCUGGGCUGAAGGCUUAACCUUUCAAGACAUGUUUGUGGUAACAGGCUCAAAAGGUGGACUAGGGAGAUGUCUCUUUGUGAGGAAGUAUCCAUCCCCUUUAAGCAUGACACUAACUAUGUUAUUCUCAAAGUUGUAUAUAAGCUUAACAGAAGAUGUUUUGUUGUAAUUUCUUUGAGUUUCGGUGGGAGGAGUCUUGAGAAGAGGGGAACCUUCUGUGCUAGAUAGACAUCAGAGUAGCCCUCACUCAGGAGGGACCGGAGAAACUGCAUUAGGAAACCAUAAAGAUCCCACCUAAGAAGCACUGAGAUUACAGAGAAAGUAUUUGGUAUGUUGGUAGCUGUCAGGCAGGCUUGUGCUGAGGAGGAGUCCUACCGGCCGAGCCUCAGCGUGGUGGUCUCUGCUAGGGGAACAGCGUGAGAAGCUAGCAAAGCAGCUCUUCCCGCCACAGCCUUCACUUGGAGCUUUAAUUUAGAUUUUGUUAAAAGAGGAGGUGGUUGUAUUCUUGUCAUCUGUGCACAUGCACCCAGUGUCACCCACCAGAACAAGACCAUGUCUAUGUGGGUGUCCUGAGGCUGUCUGGAAAGAUCAGGCACCAGGUGACCACCAAGGACCAACCCCUUUUCCCCAGGAAACAAUCCAAAUGAAAUAACAAUGCAGUAGACGCCUCAGCCUCCCUCCUGCCCCAGACUGGACUCAUGCACUGCUUUGUAGGCAACAAGAAAUUAGCUGGUUUACUUUGAGCGUUCAGAAGUUGCUUGUUUCUUCUGGUGAAGGGGAGCUAUGACUAAGAGAUAGCUAAUGGGAGCAAAGGUGGGGCAGUGGCACUGGCAUCGAAGUACCACAGCAAGCUUCACAUCACCAAAUAAUUAAAUAAAGGACACAAGCAAGCAAAGCACUGCUGUGUCACAGAAGUGUGUGUGUUCACCCAAAGUGUGCUUUGUUCCAACUCUGGCUUUAAUGCAAGGCUGCCUUUUACUCAUUGCUGUUAAUAUUUUGGCAAAUUAUUUUUACAUUGUAAUGGACAUUAUUCUUUAACAUUUUAUUCUGUGUAAUGUUAAUGGAUUUUAUGAUAUUCUUUAUUGAUUUAUUGGUUCCUUUUGUUUACUAAUUACUUGCAUCCUACAAACUGUUUGGUUUUCUUUUGGAAAAAAUUCAUUUAGCUUUACUGUAUCUGCAAGUUUAAUUCUUCAUUGCUCAUUUGUAUCUGGGUUUGUGCAAUCAGCAGUAUCUGCUUUCGGUAACAAGUUACUAAAAAUGGAAUUUCAAAUUUUAUUUUUUAGCAAAAGCUUUGGUGUAAAGUUCAGAGGAAAAAGAAAACAUAUGCUUAUUUUUAAAUUAACUUUGUGUCUGUAGUAAAAAAAGAAAUCAAAUGAUUGAUUAGGAAUUAAAAUAGAGUUUCAAAAUAUUUUCAGAAGAAGUUAUCCUAAAAGUACAGCCAGAUAGGAACUCCUUUGAAUGCUAGGGACUUGUCAGGCUUGAAGAAUCAGACUGUAUUUAAUUUGUAGUCUAUUUUUAUUUGUCUUAACUAAAAGGCUUUACAAAACAGUCUUAAAAUAACUUCUCAUUUAGUAUCUUAGGUUGAAAGAACAGUUUAUGUAAGUGUUUACACAUACCUUGUCUUUUCGGGAAUCCAUCAUAGUUUUAGCAUUAGAUGUUUUAGUUCCUUUUAAGUAACUGUAUGGUAUUUGCAACCUGUCUGUCAGCAUUACUUAAUGCAUUGUAGUUAAAAGUUUAUGCCAGCUGCCAAUGUAUCAGUUAAACGUAUCAAUUAUGACUUUUUUAAUGUUAGGAACUCUUCCUCUGAACAGAAAUGUAUAGAAAAAGUAAAUAAAAAUAAUUUUUUUUUAAUCUCCAA